AUGGCAGAAAACGAGCCUCCUACAGAUGCCAAGCUGCUUAUGAGCAUCUACAAGCGUAGUGGUGCCUUUGACCAGCAAAGAAAACGACUUUUGGAAGAUUUCAAAUCAUCGGAGACACAUAAAAACUUACUAUUGAAGCUCCAAAUGAUGCUAGACAACAAGGUUAAAAAUGACCCAAGCAUAUUGGCGAAGAAUCGGGGCAAGAUGGGGGCUCUCAUACAAGGAGAGAUAGUAAAUCAGCAUUCUUCAACCAACGAUCCUGGUCUUUUGGGCAUUGUAGAUAAAGAUAUCCAGGAGAAGAUAAUCGAGUCGCCCGAUUUCCGCCACUUAAUUGAGAGUGAAAUCAAAGAUAUUCGUCGAAAAGUGCUUGGUAUCAGCGAUGAAGACCACAAGAAAAUGCUCGAAGAAGAAGAAAAUCAGAAACUCAAGGACCAAGAAGAAGCAAAGCGUAAAGCGAGCGAGCGAGCUCAGGAAGAAAGAGAUCGCGAAGAACGAGAUCGGGAUAUUGCAUACAAGAACAACUUUAAGGUGAAAAAACCAGCAAAUAAGCUGUUUAAAGCGCCCAGGAUAAAGUUUGCUGCUCGAGACGGCGGCCGUGAAGACGAUAAGGAGCCACGGCCAUUGAUGUAUUAG